AUGAGGUUCAAGUUCUCUCUCAUGGCCAUAGGCCUGGAAGUUGUUAUGAUUGUUUUAUUUGGAUUAUUUGUUGAAUAUGAUAUAACCCAGCAGGUCAAUGCUACAACACCAACAAAGACGGACCAAUUCCUUCAAUUGUAUCCCUUAUUCCAAGAUGUGCAUAUUAUGAUAUUUGUUGGGUUUGGCUUCCUCAUGACCUUCCUGAAGAAAUAUGGCUUCAGUGGUGUGGGUUUCAACCUCUUCCUUGCAGCUCUGGGCCUUCAGUGGGGUACGAUUGUGCAGGGACUCCUUCAUAAAAAAGGAAAGAACUUUCACAUUGGAAUCAAAGAAAUGAUAAACGCAGACUUCAGUACAGCCACAGUUCUGAUUUCCUUUGGUGCUGUCUUGGGAAAAACAAGCCCCGUUCAAAUGUUGAUCAUGACAAUUCUAGAAAUUGCUGUCUUUGCUGGCAAUGAAUAUCUGGUUAUUGAAAAAUUUAAGGCCUCUGACACUGGGGCAUCAAUGACAAUCCAUGCUUUUGGAGCCUACUUUGGCUUAGCUGUAGCAGGCGUCUUAUAUCGGCCUGGCCUCCGAUGGGAACAUAAAAAUGAGGAAUCUGUGUACCACUCUGACUUGUUUUCCAUGAUUGGGACACUAUUCCUUUGGAUAUUUUGGCCCAGCUUUAAUUCAGCCAUUGCUAAACCGGAAGAAAACCAGUAUAGAGCCAUUAUCAACACAUACUUGUCCCUUGUUGCCUCUGUGAUCAUGGCUUAUGCCUUGUCCAGCCUUGUUGAGCGCCGAGGCAGGCUGGAUAUGGUUCACAUUCAGAAUGCUACUCUGGCAGGAGGUGUCGCUGUGGGCACAUGCGCGGACAUGAAAAUCCCCCUUUGUGCAGCUAUGGGCAUUGGAAGCAUUGCAGCGAUCAUCUCUGUGCUUGGAUACAAGUUCCUUAGUCCACUGUUAGCCAAUAAACUGAUGAUCAAAGAUACAUGUGGAGUCCAUAACCUGCACGGCUUACCUGGUGUGUUUGGAGGCCUUGCCGGCAUUUUGGCCUUAUACUUUCAAAUGCAUACAAAGUCUUCCAUGUCCAGGCAGGCAGCAGCACUGGGUUCCUCCAUUGGCUCAGCAGUUGUUGGAGGUUUGGCUACAGGUCUAAUUCUGAAGUUACCUUUCUGGGAUCAGCCCUCUGAUGAGAACUGCUAUGAUGAUUCUCUUUAUUGGAAGGUUCCCAAGGUCAGAGAACUUGAUCCUCGAUUCUUUCAACAUGUGAAUCACAAUCACCUGGAACGUGAAGUCUGAAUGCCGUUCCUAAACUCUGCAUCCUCUGCAUUACCAACAAGAGUCAAGCUGAAACAAACAAAAAUGUAGUAUCUAGAGACACAGGAACAACAAUAGACAAUAUCCUGGGCACCCAAAUGGCCAGUGUAAAAAUGUGUUUAUAUCUGGUAUUAUUCCUUGAUGUUCAAAUGAUUUCUCCAUUGACAAGCAAUUGCCCAUAAAACAAAUUGUCAGUUUGGUUCUCUCCCAGAUUCUAAGAAUGACUUUCCAAAUGGCUAGGUGCACAGUAAAUAUUUUAUUGUAUUCUUGAU